AAAAAAAAAUAUCUUCUAAAAUCUGAAUUAUACCCUGAGGAGAAAGAAAGUUCAUUGAAUACAUAUUAUUAGUCUUCGAAAACUUUGUCGUUAUGUCGCCGAAUACCUUUGCAGCCACCGGUUGUGAUGGACUUUCCGGCGAAAUGCCGGAAGCCGACAUUCAAAUCAUCACUUCCGGUGGACGCCGCAUUCAGGCACAUUCUACUGUUCUGGCUUCUGCUUCAUCAGUUCUGGAGAGCAUACUAGUUCGGCCGCAGAAGCGGCGGAGCUCGGAGAAAACUAUUCGGAUUCUCGGUGUUCCCUGCGAUGCUGUUUCGGUGUUUGUUCAAUUUCUCUCUUCCUUCAAGUGUACUGAAGAGCAGAUGAAGAAACAUGGAAUUCAUCUCCUAGCACUUUCUCAUGUGUACUUGGUACCACAGCUAAAGCAGAGAUGCACAAAGGGGUUAGCUGAGCAAUUGACUAUUGAAAAUGCUGUGGAUAUGCUUCAAUUGGCCAGGCUCUGUGAUGCACCUGACCUAUAUCUUAAGUGCUUGAAAUUGAUAUCAACCAAUUUCAAGAAAGUUGAGAAGACUGAGGGUUGGAAGUUCCUCCUAGAUCAUGACCCUCAACUUGAACUCGAAAUUUUGCAGUUCAUGGAUGAGGCUGAUUCGAGGAAAAAGAGGACAAGAAGACAUAGAAGGGAGCAGAACUUGUAUUUACAGCUAAGCGAAGCGAUGGAUUGUAUAGAGCACAUAUGCACUGAAGGAUGCACUAGCGUGGGGCCAUGUUGUGAGGAGCCCUGCACAAAGAAGCUGCCAUGUAGCAAAUUCAAAACAUGUCAAGGCGUCCAGCUCCUUAUUCGACACUUUGCUACAUGUAAGAGAAGGGUGAAUGGAGGUUGUUUGCGAUGCAAAAGGAUGUGGCAGCUCCUUAGAUUACAUUCCUCUAUCUGUGAUCAACCUGUUGAAUGUCGAGUUCCCCUGUGCAGACAAUUCAAAGAGAAGGUGCAACGAAAGGGAGAUGAUGGGCUAUGGAAAUCACUUGUUGAAAAGGUAGUGUCCGCCAGAGCAUUGUCCUCCUUAUCGCUGCCCAAAAGAAAGAGGGAAGAGGAACCAAAAAUGAACUUAGAUCAUCAUCAAGUGAGAAGCUUCUUGACAACUCAGUGUCAUUAGUUGGGAAGUUUAGUACUACUACUAUAUAAUUUGAGAAGGAAUUUCAGGUAGAAUGUUAGUGGAUGCUCAAUAGUACGUCUUAGCAGCUUUUUUUAGUAUUAUAUAUGUUGGUUUUCCUUUGUGUGUCAGUCUUGAGUUGGACAAGUCCUCCGUAAAUGCGGGGUUACUUGAGCAUUAGAAUUAUAUGGGAAUAAGUUUUGUACAUGUAGUGGAUGGCUGUCAAUUAUAUGUUCCUCCAUUUUGCUCGAUGAUCUAGUAAACUUGUGAGGUAAUUUAUUGUUA